CAGACACCACCAUUUUUAAGGGGUUUAGUGCGCGGACUUCUCCAAAGUUUGUAGGUUUUAUCUCUUUCCAGACCUUGUCUUGUGGAAGUGAGGGGUCUCUUUGGGGUGAGAGGGACAAGAAACACCCACUAGGACCCAACCUCGGCAGUCAGCGGCCGAGCAUGCGCUGAGAGUUUAUGCAGCUGGCCCUGGCGGCCACUGCUGCCUCGUCCGGGACUUGGCGAGGACUUGGGAGGGACAGCGGCGCUGGGAGGUGGCUUAGCAGAGACUUUCCAGCAACUGCUGCCCAGGACUUCUUUUUUUUUUUCUCUUUCUUUUUCCCAGGAGGCGGCGACGGUCGGGGGUGGGGGUAGGGAGUGGAGGGAGGAAGCGAAGGAAGAGAAGGAAGCGUCCACUGCUUGAGCCAAUGCAGCCCCGCGCCUCUCCGGGAGCAGCGUCCGCGCCCCAAUGAGCCCCCGCCGAGCGUUCCUGAGUGUCCCCCGGCGGGCGCGGGGCGCGGAGCCGAGCGUCGACGAUAGCAGCUGCUCUGCCGGCGGCUGUAGGAUGUGGUGAAAGGAUGGGGCUUCUCCCUCCUGAGGCUCACAAUGGCCAGAGAGGAUUCCGUGAAGUGUUUGCGUUGCUUGCUCUACGCCCUCAAUCUGCUCUUUUGGUUAAUGUCCAUCAGUGUGUUGGCAGUCUCUGCUUGGAUGAGGGAUUACCUGAAUAAUGUUCUGACUCUAACUGCUGAAACAAGAGUGGAGGAGGCAGUCAUCUUGACUUACUUUCCUGUAGUUCAUCCUGUCAUGAUUGCUGUUUGCUGUUUCCUUAUCAUUGUGGGGAUGCUGGGAUACUGUGGAACGGUGAAAAGAAACCUGUUGCUUCUUGCUUGGUACUUUGGAAGUUUACUUGUCAUUUUCUGUAUAGAACUGGCUUGUGGAGUUUGGACAUAUGAGCAGGAACUUAUGGUUCCAGUACAGUGGUCAGAUAUGGUUACUUUGAAAGCCAGAAUGACAAAUUAUGGCUUACCUAGAUAUCGGUGGCUUACUCACGCUUGGAAUUUUUUUCAGAGAGAGUUUAAGUGUUGUGGAGUCGUGUAUUUUACUGACUGGCUGGAAAUGACAGAGAUGGACUGGCCUCCAGAUUCCUGCUGUGUUAGGGAAUUUCCAGGAUGUUCCAAACAGGCCCACCAGGAAGAUCUCAGUGACCUUUAUCAAGAGGGUUGUGGGAAGAAAAUGUACUCCUUUUUGAGAGGAACCAAACAACUGCAAAUACUUAGGUUUCUGGGAAUCUCCAUUGGAGUGACACAAAUCCUGGCCAUGAUUCUCACCAUUACUCUCCUCUGGGCUCUGUAUUAUGAUAGAAGAGAACCUGGGACAGGCCAAAUGAUGUCCCUGAAGAAUGACAACUCUCAGCAUCUUUCAUGUCACUCAGUAGAACUGUUAAAACCAAGCCUUUCAAGGAUCUUUGAACAUACAUCUAUGGCAAACAGCUUUAAUACACACUUCGAGAUGGAAGAAUUAUAAAGACUGUCAAGAAGGAAACCACAAACUUGUUUUAUUGGACUUGUGAAUUUUUGAGUACACAGUUAUCUGUUUCAAAAGUUUGUAGACUUAAAAAUAUUGCCAUAAAAUAAUGUGUAGACAUAUAAUUUUGUACUCUUUAAAAUAAAGAGGGGAAAGUUUUAUAUGUCA